AUGUCGAUUCGGUUGGUAACCCUGCGUGAUGGACAGGUCUCAAUCCUCUUCUCCCUGAUGGGACUCGCCGCAGCCGGUUACCUCGGCCACGCUGGAGGUUACUACGGCGGUGCUCUUGGAGGACUCCACGGAGGCUUAGGUUACGGAGCAGCAGCUGGACUUGGAUACGCAGGACAUGGAGCAGUCGACUACUACGCACAUCCCAAGUACGCCUACGAUUACGGCGUAAAGGACGGCUACACAGGAGACGUGAAGAACCAAUGGGAAGAGAGAGACGGUGACGUGGUCAAAGGACAGUACAGCCUGGUCGAACCCGAUGGCACCAUCAGGACAGUCUCUUACACCGCCGAUGAUCACAACGGCUUCAACGCCGUCGUAUCCAAGGCAGGACACGCCGUCCAUCCUUCAGGACACUACUACCACUGAAGACCUUCAUGCAGCAAGAUCAAUGAGAAACCACUUUGUACAAAACAUUUGUGAUAACGGCUAUAUAUAGUUUUCAUAUAUAUAGUUAUUUUAAUAAAUACAUGUAUAUUCUUUAAAAAAAAAA